CUGUUGUUGGGAAUGCCAAGUACGGUAUAUUCUUCUCUUGUAAAGGUCCACGUUCCAUUGCGGAUGAAAUGGGUGGUGGAGAUUUUGAUGGUGAUCUAUACUGGAUCUCAAGAAACCCUCAGCUGUUGGAAUCGUUUAAACCAAGUGAACCUUGGAUUGAAAAGUCAUCUACCCAAAAAGUUCAUGGUAAAAGACCAACCGAGCUUUCAAAUGUUGAUCUAGAAGAUGAGCUCAUCAAACUAUUCUUGAAGACUAGGUUUGAACCAAGCUUCGCAAUGAGUGAGGCAGCUCAACACUGGAUGGCUUCGAUGGAUAAAUUUUUGAGUUUAGGAGAUACGAGUAUUGAUGAGAAAAACGAACUGAAGGCAAAGAUAUUGCAAUUGAUUGAUAUUUACUAUGAAGCUCUCGAUGCCCCAAGAAAGGUUUUAAGGUUGUAGUUCCAAAAGAAUUGAAGGUGAAAAAGUUCCCACAUUUCAUGGAGAAGAAACCCCUAGAUUCCUACCAUUCAAUUUCCAUUUUGGGAUCAAUUUAUGAUAAGGUGGAUGAAUAUGAAACAGAAAACAGAUCUCUCAAAGGUGAUAAAAGUUCUCUAUUGUUUGCUUGUUCUUAAGCCCCCUUCCAUUAAUAAAAAAAACAGUUUUAGCACGCUCUUCCUCUGUGCAGAAAUUCAGAAACUUCCUCUUUUUGAAGUUGACGUUCCUGAGGGUAGCUUGAAAGAAUGGAAGAAACUAUACCAAGAUUACCGGAAUGAGAUGUCCUCUGCCAUGGGAGCCGAAGAUAAACAGGGCCAGAAUCAGGCAGCCAAUAUCGUCAUAAGAAAGUAUAAAGAGGUACUCUUUGACUUUUGUAUAUUUAAUGCUUCUUAAUAAUGAAUGACAUCCAAGUUCUCUAACUGCAUUUUCCAUCUUAGAUCUUAUACAAGGCUGAGGAGUUUGAGCAAAGUGAUAUGCGGCACAGACAACAAAUAUAUAAUGACGCACUCGCUAUUUAUCACGUUUGUUAUGACUAUGCCAAGAGUGUUAGGACUGAAACUGGUGCACAAGAUGUCAAGAAAUGUGGCUUUGCUUGGAAAGUUGCAGGUGCAGCUCUAUGCCAGCUUCACGAAGACUGGAGUUUGAAACCUGGUGAAAAGGUUUUCAGAGUCUUACCC